AUGUUGGGAGGUUGUUGUGUUUGUGCGGAUGAGAACGGUUGGGAGGCGAAUCCGUUGGUGUAUUGUGAUGGACCGAAUUGUGAGGUUGCGGUUCAUCAAGGUAUUUACUUCUUUUGUUUUCAUUUUUGA